CGAUAAUAGGAUCCAUUAAUAUCGCCCACGGAUGUGAGGGACAACCCGUAUCCAAAACGGGGGUACAUAUAAUAUGUGCUGAAGCACGGAGGCAGCGGCUUCGCAUUAAGUAUCAUUCAAUUCCGGAUGGAACGAUCCCGAUUUAGCUAUGCGUGACAAUGCGUGGGAUGUGCCGAGAUGCGAGAGAGCGGGAUACCCAACAACUGAAUAGAAGCUGGGCCGCUUCUUUCUUGCACAAAACCGUUUCUCCUUUGCUUUUUCGGCCUAAUAGGGGAAGGACGAAAUUUUUUUUUUUUCCCCCCCUUCCUCUUGGCUUAACUAGAGUGAAGGCAGUUCUACUCCGUGCAAAGCAAACUGCUAUUCUACCUUGGCGUUGUGGCCGACGAGGCCUGUGCAGCGGACAGUUUUGUGUGCCGGGACUGGCUUAAUUGUCCGUGGUCCUCCCCUCGCUCCCGGCGCCCGGAGGGCUUUCAUGGAAGCGGCCUGGUGCAUUCAAUUGCAUAUAACGCCGAUGCGUGUCCAUCAGAUCUUUAUCGAGAGAGAUCAACGGCAUCAUCACCCCUUUGACAAAACAACGAGGGAAUUAUCCCGUCCUUCUCUAUGACUAGGCAUCGACAAAAGGCUUGCCUCGAGUUGUCAGAUUAACCCCUCAUUUUUUUACACAUUCGGAAUUUGAGGCGUGCCAUCCUUGCCGGAACAUUAACUGACCGCACCACGCAUUCCCCCCUACCAAUGAUCCCUGUAUGGCACGCCCGUGGGUUAUGGCUGGGCGCGAAAAUCAGAAUGUGAAGGUUUCGUUACACCCUUGUCGGAUCCUGGUCCCAAGCAAACCCAGGCCCCUCUUGAAAACGUCAAACUUCUAUAUUGCACGGAGGUUAUUAUUUUGUGCAAACGCGGUUGGCUGAGCAGCCGAGAUCACUAAACGUCGGGUUGCCAAGAGUAUCCCAAGGAUGGAGUGUUGACCUGCCUCGAAAGCGUUGAUAUCGGGACUUUUCAUUUCGAUUCCAUUUGGAAAUAUUUGCUUCCAAAAUGGUGUCCCGACUCCUUGGGUCCAAAGACCUUUAAACUACGGUCCCGUGCAUUCGAUCAGCGUUCGGCAAUUUUGUUUUUCUCCAACACCAUUCGGAGGACUCUGCAUGAUGUGGGAUGCCCGUGCUCCUCUCGCAUAAGAGGGUACUAUUGGAUGCUGGACUAGCUCGUGUACCCAGAAAUCAAAAAAAUCGCCGUGAGUUCAACAUGAUUUGUCAAACGCACAAUAUACACAUACUUGCAGACGGGAAAUGCACGUGUACAGAGGAGUUGUAGCACUAAUAUCUCUAAAAAAAAGUGAAAAUUGAGGGCUCCUUUUUAUGUCCCACCAAAAAUAUUUGACGUAUCAACUUAAUUCUAGGGGCAUUCAUGAUUCAUACAUACGGAUGAAAUACAAUCGAUAUAUGACUCCGCGGCUGAUAGGAAGUGACCGAGAACGUUCCAGCUCCAGUCACUUGGUAUUGUAAAAAAUACCUCUGAAAGACUGAACCAAAAGAGGAUCUCCAAAUACAACGCCACGAUACUUUUAAAAUCGACAGUCCAUUCAAAAAAGAUGAUGAGGAGAAGAGCACCAAACAAAAGCAGGAAAAACCAAAGCGGGGUAUUUGGCAGUGCGCGACACAGGAGUAGAAAUUUUAUAGUCAAAAAUGGGAUUAGCAAAGGGGGAAAAUUACAAAGAUUCAAUAGGGAAA